AUGGCCGACAACGAAGAUGGAUUAAUUGAUAUAGUAUUUAGAGUAGGGGGUGCUUUUGUUACUAAACAAGUGUCAAAAUCAAAGCAUUUGCUUUGUUGGUGUGGUGGGCUAUGUUAUUGGAGGAGGGAUGUGGUAGUGGAUAAGAUAGAUUUGCAUUAUUUGAGGGUAGCUGCUGUGCAUGGGUUUGUGAACUUUAAUGUCCAUGUCCCACCUAACUACAGACUUUGGUAUAAAGAAAGAGGUAGGACCUUUAACACAGGGAGAAGGGAGUUAGUAAAUGAAGAGGAAGUGAAGGGGCUGCUGGAGACAGUGAAUGGGGAAGGGUAUGUUGAAGUAUUUGUGACUGCUAAUGAAACAUUAAGGCCCAUACAUGAGAUCCAGGCCCAGUCCACUCCAGUAAAGGCUGAGAGAAAGGGGAAGAAAAGUUCAGGUAAGCCUGUUGUAGUUAGGAAGAGCCCAAGAAUUGACAAAAAUGAGCCUAAGGUGAGGGAGGGUGAAGAAUCUCCUAAACCUAGAUCUAGACAGGGGAUAGAAAGGGUUGAAGGGGUUUCUGCUGAGAUUAAGGGGGUUCCUGGUAAAGGGAAGUUGUUGAGUAAGGGGAAACAAAAGGGUAAAGAUAAGCUUGAAAGGGGUUCUGGCAGCAAAGGAUUGAUUUUUGAGGAUAGUAGUGAGGGCAGUGAGACUGGGAGGGAAGAUGAUUUUUCUUCAAGUGAUGGGAGUGAGAUUGACAUAACUUGGGAGCCUGGAGAGGAGGAGUAUGACAGUGGGGAUGAGAGGUGGUUUGUGCAGAAUUCUGAAGAAAUUUUAGCUAAGGUAACAAGAAGUCUUGGGAAGCAGUUUGAUGUACAUGAUGAGGGGGUUUCCAAGGAUCCAAAGGCAAGGUUGACAGAUAACUUGGAUGUGAAUGAGGUACAACUACAAGAAGAAAUUGAGGGAGAAUCAGAUGACCUAAGGAGCUUGGAUGGUUCAUCUGAUGAAGAGGACAAAAGUCCAUGGUUUAAUGACAAAUCUGACUUCUCAAAGCCUGUUGUACUUGUUCAUAGGCUUAGGUUUAGCAAUGCUACAGUGUUGAGGAAAGCUUUAAGAGUGCAUGCCAUACAGAAUAGGUAUGAGUACUAUUUUUUACACAAUGAUAGUACUAGGAUUACUAUUCAGUGUAGGAAUAGGUGUGGGUGCAAGUUUGACACAAAGACAAGUAGGAUGCCUUUGUGUAUAUGCAGGGGUGGAGUGAAGUGUAGUUUCAAGAUCCAUGCUACUAAGUUAAAAAGACAACAGACUUGGCAAAUAAAAACCAUGAAGUUGGAGCAUAAAUGUGUGAGAAGCAGGGAGAACAAGAAGGUCACAGCAGAGUUCAUUGCUGAGAGGUAUCUUGAGGAUUUCAGAACUAACCCAUCAUGGAAGGUUAAGCAAAUCAAGGAUAGGGUGCUUCAUGACUUGGGGGUAGAAGUGACCUACUACAGGGCUUGGAUGGCAAGAUGUAGAGCUAAGUUGAUCAUUUUUGGUUCAGCAAGAGAGCAAUAUGCUAGGGUAUGGGAUUAUGGGAAGGAUGUAAUGAAAUACAACCCUGGGUCUGGUUGUAAUGUUGUGAUUGAUGGCAUUGAAAAGCCUGAGCCUCCCUUGUUUAUGAGGAUGUUUAUUUGUUUAAGGCCUUUGAAGGAUGGGUUCUUGAAGGGUUGUAGGCCAAUUAUAGGGGUGGAUGGCUGCCACUUGAAAGGAGGUUAUCCAGGCCAUAUUUUAGUUGCAGUCUCCAAGGAUGGGAACAACAGCAUUUACCCCAUUGCUUGGGCAACUUGUGAGGUUGAAAAUAGGGAGACUUGGGUCUGGUUUCUGGAAUCCUUGAUGCAAUGCAUUGGAAGUGCAGAUGGGGCAGGCUUCACCUUCAUGUCAGACAGGCAGAAGGGACUGGUUGAAGCUCUGUCUGAAGUUGUGCCUAAUGCAGAGACUAGGUUCUGUGUUAGGCACAUUUGGGCAAAUUUUAAGUUGAAGUUCACUGGAUCAGUUUUCAAAGAGCUCUUUUGGAGUGCUACAAGAGCAACAACAUUUGUUGAGUUUCAGAUAGCCACGCAACAGAUUAGGGAGCUUGAUGAGGAUGCUUACAAUUAUUUGGAGAACAUCCCCACUCAUCACUGGUGCAGACAUGCAUUCAGUGACAGUUGCAGAUGCAAGAGACAAACCUAUCCUCACCCAAAUGGAAUGGAUGAGGAGGUACAUGAUGAGGAGAAUAAUGAGAAGUGGGAGGACUCCAAGGAAAUCACAACCAACAUCACUCCAUAUGUGCAUAAGCUAUUUCAGAGGAUGAGCUAUGUGGCUAGGAAUUGCAUAAUUGAAGCUGCCAGGGAUGACACUUAUGAAGUGCAGCUGAAUGAUGACCAGGUUCUAGUUGACUUGCCAAAUUGGUCUUGUUCCUGCAAUCACUGGCAAUUAACAGGCAUCCCAUGUAUUCAUGCAUUUGCAUGCAUAAUGGAUCAGAGGGUUGAUGCUGAGCAGUUUGUCCACCCCUAUUACACUAUGGACACUUACAGAGCAGCAUAUGAGCCUGCAAUUCAACCUAUGCCAGGCCCAAAGCAUUGGGAGAGAGUGAACAUGAGAGAGCCUCAUCCACCAGCAUUCAAACAGCAGCCUGGAAGACCUAAACAGAAGAAGAGGAAGCUGGAACCUGGGGAGGGAACAUCUGCAACAGGAGGGGAGCAGGGAAGAAAGAGGAGGAAAAGUCAGUGUAGGAUUUGUGGUGGAUUUGGCCACUAUCCCAAGACUUGCAAGGGUCCACAUGAACCUGAACCAACUGAGCAGAGAACUGCAGGAAGGCCUCCUUUAAAUUCACCUUGGGUAGUUGAGCAAAGGAAGAAGAGGGAGAUCAAAGCUGCUAAGAAGAGUGCAAUAGGGGUUGGUCCAAACAGCAUUGGGAAUAGGACUUUUCCCCAAGAGCAACCUGGCUGUGAACCAUUGAGUAAGAGGAAAGGUUCACACAGUCAACAAGGGCAGCCACAAGCCAAGCAUCACACCACCCCCUCUUCCAGCCAACCUGAACCCAAUGCUACUGGAGUGCAGACAAGGAGGGCUAAGCUGCUGACUUCCAGACAAGGAGGGCUGACACAAUGA